AAGAUAUUCAAAAAUUCCUUAAAAAAUUAUUAUUUUGGUUAUAAUUUAUUUCCAAUACCAUCAACACCAUCAGAAUCUUCGUUUGAAAACAAAGUAUAUGAAUCACCAGAUACAAAAACAUUAGAAUUGGAAAAACAAUUAAAAGCAUUAGAAGAUCAAGAAAAGAUACAUUUAAACACGAAAAUUACACAUUUAGGACCUAAAUUAACUGAAUAUCUUAAUCAUGCUAAUGGUCAUACUUUUCGUUUAAGACCUGUUGGUAAAUAUAAAUAUAUUGGUGAUGCAAAAGUUCAAUUUCAUAAUGAUACAAGGAAAAAUAUGAAGGUUAUAAUUAUUGUGGUACUGAUUUUAAAAACAAUAUUAGAACGAGGUGAUAAAAGCAUAAAUCCAUUAGAUAAAGCAUGUAAAUAUGAUAUUGCUUAUAGAGAUCAUAAAGAUUUAGAAUCUAGACAUCAAGCUGAUAAAAUAUUACAAAAUGAAACUAAAAUACAAAUAUUUAGUAAAGAUGCUGAUUUAAAAGGAAGAAUGUUUAAUACUGCAUUUUCUGGUAUUAUGUUUGCUAAAACAAAAUUAGGUGUUAAACCACAAGAUUCAAGUUGGGCACCAGGCUAUCAAUUAUCCUUCCAUAACAUACUU